CCUGCCCCCUGCAGGUCGUCUUCUGGUGCGUGUGACACCUGAGACAUGAGAUCGUCAGCCUGCAGGCUCUCCAGUUUUUCGAGAGACACACUAUGGAAUCGGAUGCCGGACCAGAUCUCCGUGUCCGAGUUCAUCGCCGAGACCACCGAGGACUACAACUCGCCCACCACGUCCAGCUUCACCACGCGGCUGCACAACUGCAGGAACACCGUGACGCUGCUGGAGGAGGCGCUAGACCAAGAUAGAACAGCUUUGCAGAAGGUGAAGAAGUCUGUGAAAGCAAUCUAUAAUUCUGGUCAAGACCAUGUACAAAAUGAAGAAAACUAUGCCCAAGUUCUGGAUAAGUUCGGGAGUAAUUUUUUAAGUCGAGACAACCCAGAUCUUGGCACCGCUUUCGUCAAAUUUUCUACUCUUACAAAGGAACUGUCCACCCUGCUGAAAAAUCUGCUCCAGGGGCUGAGCCACAAUGUGAUCUUCACCUUGGACUCCCUGCUGAAAGGAGACCUGAAGGGAGUCAAAGGAGAUCUCAAGAAGCCAUUCGACAAAGCUUGGAAAGAUUAUGAGACAAAGUUCACAAAAAUUGAGAAGGAGAAGAGAGAGCAUGCGAAGCAGCACGGGAUGAUCCGCACGGAGAUCACGGGGGCCGAGAUCGCGGAGGAGAUGGAGAAGGAGCGGCGCCUCUUCCAGCUGCAGAUGUGCGAGUAUCUCAUUAAAGUCAACGAGAUCAAGACCAAAAAAGGCGUGGACCUGCUGCAGAAUCUCAUCAAGUAUUACCACGCGCAGUGCAAUUUCUUUCAAGAUGGCUUGAAAACAGCUGACAAAUUGAAACAGUACAUUGAAAAACUGGCUGCUGACUUAUAUAAUAUAAAACAGACCCAGGAUGAAGAAAAGAAACAGCUCACUGCCCUCCGGGACUUAAUAAAAUCCUCUCUUCAGCUCGAUCAGAAAGAAUCUAGGAGAGACUCCCAGAGCCGCCAGGGGGGAUACAGCAUGCACCAGCUCCAGGGCAACAAGGAGUAUGGCAGCGAGAAGAAGGGGUACCUUCUGAAGAAGAGUGACGGGAUCCGCAAAGUGUGGCAGAGGAGGAAGUGCGCGGUCAAGAACGGCAUGCUGACCAUCUCCCACGCCACAGCUAACAGGCAGCCAGCCAGGCUGAACCUUCUCACCUGCCAGGUGAAGCCGAACGCCGAGGACAAGAAGUCUUUUGACCUGAUUUCACAUAAUAGGACGUAUCACUUUCAGGCAGAAGAUGAGCAGGAUUACAUAGCGUGGAUAUCAGUGCUGACAAACAGCAAAGAGGAGGCCCUGACCAUGGCCUUCCGUGGAGAGCAGAGCGCGGGCGAGAACAGCCUGGAAGACCUGACCAAAGCCAUCAUCGAGGAUGUCCAGAGGCUGCCUGGCAACGACGUCUGCUGUGACUGCGGCUCCUCAGAACCCACCUGGCUUUCAACCAACUUGGGUAUUCUGACCUGCAUAGAAUGUUCUGGAAUCCACAGGGAAAUGGGAGUCCAUGUUUCCCGCAUUCAGUCUUUGGAACUAGACAAACUGGGAACUUCUGAACUCUUGUUGGCCAAGACUAUUGGGAACAAUAGUUUCAAUGAUAUUAUGGAAGCAAAUUUACCCAGCCCCUCACCAAAACCUACCCCAAUGAGUGACAUGACUGCACGGAAGGAGUACAUCACGGCGAAGUAUGUGGAUCAUCGGUUUUCGCGGAAGACCUGUUCAUCUCCGUCAGCUAAACUGAACGAAUUGCUGGAGGCCGUGAGGUCCCGGGACUUACUUGCACUCGUCCAGGUCUACGCGGAAGGCGUGGAGCUCAUGGAGCCACUGCUGGAGCCCGGGCAGGAGCUCGGGGAGACCGCCCUUCAUCUUGCAGUCCGGACUGCAGACCAGACAUCUCUCCAUUUGGUUGAUUUCCUUGUCCAAAACUGUGGGAACCUGGACAAGCAGACGGCCCAGGGGAACACGGCCCUGCACUACUGCAGCAUGUUCGACAAACCCGAGUGCCUGAAGCUGCUGCUGCGGAGCAAGCCCACCGUGGACGUUGUGAACCAGGCUGGAGAGACUGCCCUCGACAUAGCGAAGAGACUGAAAGCCACUCAAUGCGAAGAUCUGCUUCAGGCCGCAGCGGAACACGGUGCUCAUAACCUGGGGAAGGUUGAGAUAGGAAAGCUUUCCCAGGCUAAGUCCGGAAAGUUCAACCCACACGUCCACGUGGAAUACGAAUGGAACCUGCGACAGGAGGAGAUGGAUGAGAGCGACGACGACCUGGACGACAAGCCGAGCCCCAUCAAGAAGGAGCGCUCGCCCCGCCCCCAGAGCUUCUGCCACUCCUCCAGCAUCUCCCCGCAGGACAAGCUGGCGCAGCCGGGAUUCGGCACCCAGCGGGACAAGCAGCGGCUCUCCUACAGCGCCUUCACCAACCAGAUCUUCACCUCCACGAGCACAGACUCCCCCACAUCACCCACCUCGGAGGCACCUCCAUUGCCUCCUCGAAACGCCGGCAAAGGUCCCACUGGCCCACCUUCAACACUCCCCCUCGGCAUGCAGACCUCCGGCGGCACCUCCACCCUGUCCAAGAAGCGGCCCCCGCCACCACCACCUGGACACAAGCGAACGCUGUCAGACCCUCCCAGCCCACUACCUCACGGGCCCUCCAACAAAGGCGCAGUCACCUGGGGUAACGAUAUGGGUCCAUCCUCAUCAAGUAAGACCACAAACAAGUUUGAGGGGCUGUCCCAGCAGGCGAGCACCGGCUCCGCGAAGUCUGCCCUUGGCCCGAGAGUUCUGCCUAAACUACCUCAGAAAGUGGCACUUCGGAAGACCGAGACCAGCCACCAUCUCUCCCUGGACAAGGCCAGCAUCCCACCCGAAGGCAUCCAGAAAUCGGCACCGCUGGCAGACCUACCCCAGAAGCCCCCUGGAGACCUGCCCCCGAAGCCCACCGAGCUGGCGCCCAAGCCCCAAAUCGGAGAUUUGCCACCUAAGCCAGGAGAACUGCCCCCCAAGCCUCAGCUGGGCGACCUGCCCCCCAAGCCCCACCUCUCAGACCUGCCCCCCAAACCACAGAUGAAGGACCUGCCUCCCAAACCGCAGCUGGCGGACCUGCUGGCCAAGGCCCCGCCCUCCGACGUCGCCCCGAAGUCGCACUCGGUGGAUCUCUCCCCGAACGUGCCGGCCCGCGACGCCCUCCAGAAGCAGGCCUCCGAGGACUCCAAUGACCUGACGCCCGAGAUGCCUGUGCCACUGCCCAGGAAGAUCAACACGGGGAAAAACAAGGUGAGGCGCGUGAAGACCAUCUAUGACUGCCAGGCCGACAACGACGACGAGCUGACCUUCAUUGAGGGCGAGGUGAUCAUCGUCACCGGGGAGGAGGACCAGGAGUGGUGGAUCGGCCACAUCGAGGGAGAGCCCGAAAGGAAAGGGGUCUUUCCUGUGUCCUUUGUUCACAUCCUGUCCGACUAGCGAGAAGGAGAACCUGAGACUGUCCACACCCUUCAUGGCUGACCCCGUCUCUGCGGCGCCCUGUGCACACGUGUAUAUAGCUGCUGUUACAGGACCUGGCCCAUCCGGGGCGCCCAGGAGGGAGCGUGGUGUGUGUUGUAAAUAAAUGCCCUGUUAUCUUCCGCCUUUGCCAGUAUUAAUGGGAGCCUGGGACCGGCGUCUUCCUGGUUUGCCAAAGCCAUCCUGGCAUCUAGCACCUACAUCUCUCUCUGUGCCGUUUCCCAAGCAAGCAGGAGCCUAGGAACCGCCGGCUUUGCACACAGAAGUGGUCUCAGCGGCACCCAAAGGCACAGCGUGGACUGUGCCAGCGGCGGCGGCCUUUUCCCCGUUACUGAGCAAGCACAGUCGCCGGCGGCCUGUCUUCUGGGGAGACUCUGAGCCCCGACAGGCCGCCUGCAGUCUGUGUUCACAGUUUACAGCUCCAGCGCCCACCGGGCAUCUGUUACAGCAAGUGCUCGGUUAAACGGGAGUGUGAUCCCUUCGGCAGAACGGUCACGCCCCCAGCCUCGGGGGCACGCACGGCACCACCCCUGCGCAGGCCGGCCAGUGGACUCAGACGUCCCGGGAGCAGUGCCCGCCCGAGACGUUACCUCAUUAUGCAAAGAUGACGUAGCCUUCAUGACGAUUCGGACAGAAGCUGAUGCCCUCGGCGACGUUCCUCUGUCAGGCCCGAGGGCUGCCAGGAACUCAGCCUCCUCGCCGUGCAUGCGUUAGACGCCUCCGGAGCCUGCCUUCCGUAAAGGACCGCGGAGCCGGGGGCCUGCACACUUUAACCUGAUUGCCAUUAAAAGCAGAGAUGAUAAGGUUG